UUUUUAUUCUGAAAAGUCAAUGCCGGAAAUGAAAGCUUUUUCUCUUCCAGCUUGACGUGUUUUAGAGCUGCUACCAGCUGAAACAGAAGAGCUCAAGUAAACCUCAUGCUGAAUUGAGGACAGAGUCAUGGUGGUGAAGAAGAAGAAGACCGCCAAAGUAGAGGCUGUGGUUUUGGAUGAGGAGAAUCUACACAAGCUGAUAGCGUCCCUCUCUGUGGAUGGAGGAGAGGAUGAAAUCAGGCAGGUUGCCCGGACCCUGCAAUCCUGCUUGGAGCUGACGGAGCCGGUGCAGCAGAUCCAGCUGGUGAAAAAGGCAGGGUCCCAGCUGGAGGCACUGAGUGAAGAGCAGCCUGAUGGAGCUCUUCUCGAGUCCUGUCUGCACACCCUGUCUCUGGUCUACACCUCCCUGCGGGCCAAGAACCCGCUACGACGAGCCAUUGCCAGUGCCUUAGGUUCAGUACCAGCCUGGCUACAAGACAAUACUGUAAGCAGUUUGUCUGCCUGCUUGUCCGACUGUCUGUCCAACCCAACUUCAGACCAGUACCCACACAUCAUCGACACCAUCACUGCCUGUGUGGAUGGCUUCACUCUCGGUGAGAGAUGCAUUAACAAACUGCUGCCUGAAGUGUUGCAGUUUCUUCACAAGGCUUUGAGUGAAUACCUUCACCAGAACAGUGGUCUAGCAGGACGUCACAUUGACCAGGCCCAGCUGAUGCAGUCCUGUCUGGCAGCAGUAAAGACCUCCAUGCUGGUGUUGCAGAGAUCCCAGGACACCAUCAGCGCUGCCCUGCAGGCUGAACAGAGUUACUGUAACCUGGAGGACACACUGAACAGCCUCAUGGGCUGCUACACACACAUCCUCACUGAUGAGGAGUUCGUCCAGUCCGUCCAAAGUACAGCCGGCAUGGCUGUAGUGUUAUUGAUCCGGUCUGUCAUGGGUGGUGGAGAUGAAGUUGCCUCUGUGGUGUGCAGUUUGCUGCGUAGCUCAGCGCAGGGUUUGGACUCAGCCCCUCAGUGGCUGCAGCAGAGGUGCGAGGGUCUGUGUACCAGUAGUCGCCUGCCGGGUGUCUCUCUGUAUCUGUGUCAUGGGGCUCUGGCCAUGUUGAGCUGGAAGGGCGCUCUGCCAGGGCCUCAGUGGGAAGAGUUGCUGCUGUCGGUUCCAAACACGCUGCUGGAUCUAGAUGUCAGUAUAAAGGAGUCCAGUACAGCCAUGACGGUGGCUCGGGUGCUGACCCUGUGGAGCAGUGCUGCCCUGGACUGCCUGCAGGGGGAGAGGCAGGCCUGCCCUCCCCGCCUUCAACAGUCCCUCAGCGGAGGCUCGGAGCUGCAGCGAUACCUGCUGGAGCACAUCUACUCCCACUGGGAGCACCCACUGGACGGAGUCCGCCACCAAACCCGCUCUUUGUUCCGCAACCUCCUCCUCCUCCAUCAGCACACCAAUUCUUCCAUCUUUGAGCCAACACAGGACUUUUACAUCAGAGAGCUCACCCAAAGCCUGCUGGGACUGGAGUGGCACAUGAGGGGGAAGUACGGUUCCCUGGGCUGCCUUGUGGAGCUCUAUGGGGCGAGGCACCUGCUGGAUGCCCAGCCCGAGAUGCCUUCAUGUCUCCUGGGCCUAAUGAGCGACCAGACCCUGGCUCCUUAUGCUAGCGACCUCCUGGAGAGGCUGUUCAUCAGCCACAAGGCACAGCUGGCCAGUGAGGCUGGUGCAGCAGACAAGACGGGCACAGACAAGUGGAUGAAGCGUUGGCACCAGACAUGGGUGACCCCUCUGCUGCAGGUGCUGUGCCGUGCCAGACUGGACCAGACAACAUACAUCCUGGACUAUUUCAUGCCCAAGCUGCUACGCUGCAGUCCUUCCAGUCUGACGCACAUGGUGCAGGCCUUGCAGGACACACCGCCGUGCAGCACAGGCAGCAGGGGUGCACUGGGAGCUCUCAUGACGUGCCUGCGGGCUGCCAGGGCCCAGGGUGUCGUUGCAUCCUCAAAGGAGGGUCUGUGGGGAGGCCUGGUGCCCCUCUCCCUACUCCAGCAAGCACUGGUACACAAACAUGAUCAAGUGAGAAUGGACGCUCUGGGCUUAGUGUGCGAGAGCCACCGCAGCACCGAAACUCUGACCCCUCAGGAGAUGGACCUGAUCCGCUACUUCCUGCUGCCUAAUCUGAACAGUCAGGCACCAGGCGUCCGACAGCAGACAGUCAGCCUGCUGAAGAAGCUGCUUUGUAGAUUGAAGGACAGCGCUCUGCUGCUGCAGAAGAAACUGACUCAGGAGAGAGUGCAGGAGCAGAGAGACAAAGACCAACACACACUCCAUCUGUACGAGGAGUUCCUACGCUGGCUCUGUGUGAGCCUGCUGGAGGUUUUGCUUCCUGGAGCUUCCUUCUCUACACGCCUCAUGUCCCUCCACAUCCUGUGUCUACUGGGCGAGUUCUUCACCUUCAGCACCGGGCCAGCUGUGUUUGCCCUCGGUGAAGUCGUGACCUCCGCUCACGCUCAGAAUGUCCUCUACAGUGUCGCCAGUAACUUCCUGGAAGUCAAACAACUGGCCUCAACGUUACUACGUCAACUCCCACCAUCAGCUGUUGGACUACAGGUGCCGGAGAGGAUGCGCAGUGUACUACAGGCUGCUCUGGACCUCAGUACCAGCACCAAGCCUUAUGACAGCGUCAGCGCAGCCCACCUCCUCAACCUGCUGCUCCACCAGCCAGACCUGGGCCAGGCUCUGCUGCACUGUGCCCAGGAGCAGGGCCUCGAUUUCCAGCCUCCCUCCUCCCCACCGUCCCCGGCUUCUGAGGCAGUCAUCCUGCAGCUCAACACACUGGCUGUGGUUCAGUUCUUGCUGUGCUGUCUGCAGUUAGAGGUGUCCAGGUCCGAAUCAUCUCUCUUGCAGGCAGCUGCUUCCUAUCCUCUCUAUGGCAGAGCCCACUGCAUCACUGCUGUCCUGCAGCAUCUAAACACUGAGACUUUGAGCGACACUGAGCAGUGGAGAGGUCUGGUGUCAGAGCUGGUUGCUGUGUGCUACAGGAUGUCUGAUGUGGUCUCCCCUGUAGUCCAGAGCUCCUCCCCAGAAGGACUCAUCCCCAUGGAUACUGACUCAGAGACAUCAGCAGGUCUGCAGAGGAUCCUGCAGGAGAUUCAGCCCAGAGACACCAAUGACUUCUUCACAAGUUCCAGAGAGCUGGACACACACCGCGGAGAUGAUCACACACAGACCCAGACCACACACACACCAUCACUGAACACAGGCGGUGAGGGCUACAGGGUGACAGCCCAGAUGGUGCUGGUAUGUUGCUGGCGGAGCAUGAAGGAAGUGGCCAUGCUGCUCGGACAGCUGUGUCAGAGCCUGCCUCUGCUCGGCACCAAUGACACGCACACACAACCUGGACUCAUCACAGAAGAACAGGUGGAGGGUGUAGGCCUGUACUUCCGUCAGCAGCUCCUACAGUCCCGUCAUCGUGGCGCCUUUGAACUGGCUUAUGUGGGCUUUGUACGCCUCACCGACAUGCUCUGCAGGAGUGGAAGUCGGGCCCUGCAACAGCUUCCGGCCCGCUGGCUCUCUGAGGUUCUGGAGGAGAUCAAAUCCAGCGACCCUUCGUCCAAGCUAUGUGCCACACGACGCAGCGCUGGAAUACCGUUCUACAUCCAGGCUCUGCUCUCCUCUGAGCCCAAGUCGUCCAGUUGCAGCCUGUUGAAAAUGACCAUGAGAGAACUGAUUUCUUUGGCCAUGCCCUCUGCUAACAGGAACACUAACGGCUCCACCGUGCCUCAGGUCCACGCUCUGAACAUCCUCAGGGCUCUGUACAGGGACACUCGUCUGGGGGAAAACAUCAUUCCCUUCGUCUCAGAUGGAAUGCAGGCUGCUGUACUGGGCUUCACCUCUCCUGUUUGGGCAGUGAGGAACUCCUCCACUCUUCUCUUCAGCACUCUGAUCACAAGGAUCUUUGGAGUGAAGAAGGGGAAGGACGAGCACUCGAAAAAGAACAGGAUGACGGGCCGAGAGUUUUUCACUCGUUUUCCAGCUCUCUAUCCAUUCCUUCUGAACCAGCUGGAGGAGGCUGCAGCCACGGUGGAAAGUGACAGUGGUCAGGUGAAGCUUCACCCCAGUCUGUUCCUGCUGCUGCUGGUGCUCAGUCGACUCUACCCUUCUCCCAUGGAUGGAUCUUCUUCACCUCUUGGACUCGCUCCGUUCAUGCCCUUCAUCAUUAGAUGCGGCCGCUCAGCAGUGUAUCGGACAAGAGAAAUGGCGGCUCGGGCCCUCGUCCCCUUUGUGCUGGUCACCCAGGUCCCAUCCACCGUCCACACGUUACUGCAGGAGCUUCCUGCAGAGCCCGGACCCACAGUCCAACACAACCACGUCCACGGGACUCUGCUGCAGGUGCUGUUCCUGCUGCGCUCCUACCAGACUGACUCGCACAGACCCCUGCCAGCAGGAAAUGGCAUCACCGAAGGCCUCCGUCAGCGCAUGUGGCUUGCCUCUCGACAAAAUGGCUGUGUGGUGACCAGAGGAGCCUUUUUGGAUGUGCUGGUGUGCCUGUGUGGAUCAAAGAUCAGUCUUCUGGAUGAUUCAGAGGUCGGCGAUCUCCGUCAGGAAGCUCUGUGCGUCCUGCUGGCCUCAGACCUCGUCACCUUCAACACUACCUCUACCCCCCUGGGGCCCGGCAGCACCCAGUACCUGCUCAGCCUGACCCAGGUGGCUCUCAGCGCCAGCGUGGAGAUCCCUGAGCUCUGGGCGGGCCCUCGGCUGAAGGGCCAGCUCCUGCAGUGUCUGCUGCAGUGCCGGAAGUACGAGGUGAGGGAGCUGGCACUGGAGGGGGUCCUGAGGAGGCUGCGGGAGGAGGAGGAGGAGGAGAGGAGACUUCAGUGGCUGGACGAGACCACCCUGUCUAACCUGACCAGCCUGGCUCUUCACGAGACACACCCACAGUGUCUGGCCAAGGUCCUCGCCGUGUUGUGUGUGUUGAGCUCCAGCCGUGAGCUCCAAUGGCGGGAUGGUGUUAAGAUGUUGUCCCAGGAGGAGGUCCUGGUGCACCUUCUCGCUCUGGCUCAGAAUUCUGCUCACAGUGUGGAGCUCCACUGUGCUGCCCUGACCCUGGUCUCUCAACUGCUGGUUCAACUGGUGAACUCUAACCAACAGGGUGCGAGUGCAGUGGCUUGUUUAGGUCAGUGGGGGCUGCUGGUGUGCUCAUGCUGCAGCGAGGAGCAGCCAGUGGAGGUGAAGCUAAUGGCCGCCACGGUGUUGGUCAAAUGUACAGCCACUGUGCUGACCAGCCCCCAUCUACCGCUGGGUCUGUCCACUACAGUUUCUCUAUGGAGGAGUCUGUUUACGCUGCUGCAGGAUGAAGACCUGGAUGUCCGAGAUUCAGCCUCUGACUUCAUUUCUAACGUACCAGCGUCUCUGCUCAGUGCAGAUGUGACAGAUGCGUCCGUGUGUCCUCCGGUAGCCCUGGACGCAGGCGUGGAGCUCCUGUGUCGGCUGUUUGAGCUGUGGGGGCGUGUACCAGUGGGUGUCCUCGCUCUGACAGAGUGGCUGCUGGGAGAUGAAGAAGCCAGCGAUGAGGCGGUCCCUGACGAAGCUUCCACUCUGGAUGAAGAGGACUUCCUGUUCGAGAAGGGGGAUCUGAACCUGUGGGCAGAGCCGGUCCAGUGGGUGAAGCUGCUUCACAGACACGUCGGCUCCCUCAUCCUGACCUUCCAGCAGACUCAGGCUCCAGGAAUCGCAGGGCCGGACCAGGUUCGCCCGAUCCAUGCACUCUCAACUCAGGCCAGAGCCGAGGCACUCAGCUCCCAGCAUGCACUGGACUCCCUCCCUGCCCUGCCCCAGUUCUCCUUCACCAUAGAGCACGCCCGGCUGCUGCUGCGACACCAGAGAGCCACUCUGGCUCUCGAUGUGCUGGAGAAGCUGAGGUAAAGGAGUUAAUAGCAUCCUUUUUUUUUUAUAAUUGGGGUCCCUAAUAUUGAAAUGUAGGAAAAGUUAUUGGAUCAAUUCUUUAACGCAUGAGACCACAGACUGGCUUUUGUGGUCAAGUCUUUUUAUUAUCACAUCAAGGGAAUGAAGAUUUUUUUACUCUGUAAUUGUCUCUUACUUUGUCUUACAAAUGUUGCCCUCAUUGAUUACCAGAUGUGUUUUAAUUUGUAUGAUUACUGUCCAUUAAUGUCUUUUUAAUAAACAACUUAA